CAGAUUGCUGUUAGGCGUUUCCCGUCAAUCCUCCUAGAGUCAACACCGAAAUUCUUUUCAUUUGGCUUAACAAAGUGCACUGAAUGACGCCGUGAUCCCGUUAUUUUAUGACCCAUCAUGGAUAGAAGAAGCGCUUACUCCCUCAGUGUCCUCCAACCGACAGUUGACGGGCCCGAUGAAGCACGCACAGCCAUUCAAGCCCAGCUCCGAGAAUUUAUCCUUGCCUUCCAGCUUGACAAUGCCUUCAUAUACAGAGAUCAGAUUCGACAAAAUAUCCUUGCCAAUAAAUAUUACUGCUCCGUCGAUAUCGCCCAUCUGAUUGCAUACAACGAAGAAUUGGCGCAUAGGCUCACCACAAAUCCUUUAGACACAAUUCCAUUGUUCGAAGCCGCCCUAAAAGAGUGCUCCCAGCGAAUAGUAUACCCAUCCCAGAGAGACGUAGAGCUACCAGAACACCAGCUUCUCCUUCAUUCCACUGCAUCCCAUAUCACAAUCAGAGACCUUCAUGCAACCAAUGUCUCCCAUCUGGUCCGAAUACCCGGGAUUGUUAUUGGUGCAUCAACAAUAUCGUCGAAAGCGACUGUUAUCCAUAUCAAAUGCCGCAACUGUGAGACGUCGGAAAAUAUUGUUGUAGAGGGCGGAUUUUCGGGAUUGUCAUUACCCCGGACAUGCAAAAAGGAAAGAAAUCAAAAUGAGGAUAAGUGUCCAUUGGACCCAUACGUGGUUGUGCAUGAGAAAUGCCAAUUUAUCGACCAACAAGUGCUUAAACUCCAAGAGGCUCCAGAUCAGGUUCCCGUUGGAGAACUUCCUCGCCAUAUAUUGAUAUCUGCCGAUCGAUAUCUUGCGAAUCGUGUGGUACCUGGUUCUCGGUGUACGGUAAUGGGCGUAUUCUCUAUUUAUCAAGCCAAGGGGAAGAAAAAUGCAACCAACGGAGCGCCUGCCAUUCGAAACCCAUAUGUUCGGGCCGUGGGGAUCACGACUGACAUUGACCAUACCGCAAAGGGUAGUGCAAUCUUUUCCGAAGAAGAAGAGCAAGAAUUCCUGGAAAUGAGUAGACGGCCAGAUCUCUAUGAAGUAUUUGCGGACUGCAUAGCUCCAUCGAUUUACGGAAAUCGAGACAUCAAAAAGGCUAUAGCAUGUCUUCUUAUGGGUGGAUCGAAGAAAAUUUUGCCUGACGGCAUGAAGCUUCGAGGAGACAUCAACGUUCUCCUUCUUGGUGAUCCAGGAACUGCCAAAUCGCAGCUGCUCAAAUUUGUGGAAAGAGUGGCGCCAAUUGCUAUAUAUACAUCUGGUAAAGGUUCUUCCGCCGCAGGUCUGACGGCUUCCGUCCAGCGCGAUGCGACUACGCGAGAAUUCUAUCUCGAAGGAGGAGCCAUGGUUCUUGCGGAUGGAGGGGUCGUAUGUAUCGAUGAAUUCGAUAAAAUGCGAGAUGAAGAUCGUGUCGCAAUCCAUGAAGCCAUGGAACAGCAAACUAUCUCCAUUGCUAAAGCUGGGAUCACCACAAUCUUGAAUGCACGAACUUCUGUGCUGGCCGCCGCAAACCCUGUAUUUGGACGAUACGAUGAUAUGAAAACUCCUGGAGAAAAUAUCGACUUUCAAACCACAAUCUUGUCCAGAUUCGAUAUGAUAUUCAUCGUACGAGAUGAACACGAGAGGGGACGUGACAAAAAGAUGGCAAAGCAUGUCAUGGGCAUUCACAUGGGUGGCAGAGGGAUUGAGGAGCAAAUUGAAGCUGAGAUUCCAGUGGAGAAAAUGAAACGGUAUAUCAGUUAUUGUAGAUCUCGAUGUGCCCCUCGACUCUCACCUGAAGCUGCUGAAAAGCUGUCUUCACAUUUUGUCUCGAUCCGUAAACAGGUACAUAAAGCUGAACUGGACGCCAAUGCACGAUCAUCAAUUCCCAUCACAGUUCGUCAGCUGGAAGCUAUUAUACGUAUCACAGAAUCUCUCGCGAAGCUUAGCCUGUCCGCGGUCGCGACAGAAGCCCACGUCGACGAGGCGGUGCGGCUGUUCCUUGCAUCAACCAUGGAUGCUGCUGUCCACGGCGAGGGCCACGCGAGUAAAGAGCUCAUGGCCAAGGUGGGCAAGAUCGAAGAUGAGUUGAAGCGGAGAUUACCUAUUGGCUGGAGUACGAGUCUCGCUACGUUACGGCGGGAGUUUGUAGAUGGGAGAAACUAUAGCGAGCAGGCAUUGAACAGGGCGCUGGUGAUUCUGCAGCGUAGGGAAACAAUACAGUUUCGGUCGGGUGGAUCGCAAAUCUAUCGGCACGGCCCAUGA